AUGUAUCAUCAAAGUUCUCUUCCACCCUUCGCAAGGCCCUCUCCGUUGAGGCCAAGUCAGGAUGGCAACAGAGUUCUUCGACCAAUAUUCCCUCAGCAUGACAACAUGCCCGACCCAUCAGCCAAGAUCGGUCCGUCCAAACUUCUGAGCGCGUACUUGGAUCUACCGGCAGCAGGGCCUCGAUCAAGAAGAGACUUCGAAGUCUACAAUGAUGGGCAAUUCGAUGCUGCUGAAACUUUACAUUCGAAGGAAAUCUUUGCCGGCAACCAAAUUAAGCUUUGCGUGGGCGUAGAUCCUGCCGUAACCGAAGCACUUCGGUUAUCCAAGGAAGGUGGCGAACUUAAUCGGCGGCUCUUGAGAGACAGGGAAGAAUACCUUACGAGGCAUCCUGGCGAGGAAAAUGUGGCGCGGAGCGUCUACAAACAAGUGGAGUAUCAAGUCAUUGACUUGCUCCAGAAGCAAGAUUUCCAUUGUCUAUGGCCUUUUGCUAUGGUGUUCAGUUGCUACGAGUUUACGAGUCACAGACGUAACUUUCAACAUGGACAUUGUCUCUACUUGAUGGUAACGGUGCCAUCGCAGGAGUCAUGGAAUUCCGUGGAAGCACUCCGCAAGCUAGUGAUAGACCUGAUACGCUGCAAAGGCCCAGCAUAUCCUCUGCACGUUAUUAUCCAAGAAAUAUCUCAGCACGGUAUGUUGAGUGAUGAGCGGCCACGACUUCUAGAAUCACAACGAGGACGAUGUUUGCCCAAAAACAUUGAUUACCAUGUUCGACCGCCAAUGGGCUCCUCUAUAGGACCCCCGGGCGCAGAUCUAAGUGGUACAAUUGGCGGCUAUGUGACGACCCAAUCCGGGAAAGUUUACGCCGUGACAGCAAGUCACACCGUUGGAGAUCAGCACGAGGCAGUUGUUUCACCGUCGACUGUAGAUCUUGAUACCUGUUAUAUGCAGGCUUCUGCCAAAGAACAGCUGGCAUUGCAGGAAUUGGAGUUCCACCUCAGGAGCAUCGGCCCAAACUGCAAAGAAACUUUCGAUUCCCGUCGGAAGUGGGAAAUAGCGCAGGAAGAACUACUUGUCUUCGCGGAUGCCGGCAAGGCUACCGGAACUGUCUGUGAGUUCGGUACCGUUCACAAAAAAAGUCAAGGAGCGUUAUAUGUGUCACACGAAGGCACGACAAUCAAGAGUUACUUGGAUCUCGCCCUCGUGGAAUGCCACGGGCUGCGAACAGGGUUUAACACGGUUCCGUGUACUUUGUGGAACGGUUCUUCUGCAGUAUAUGAGGUUAAUGCGGCUCGGAGUCCCCUCCAUGGCGAACGUGUCGUCAAGAACGGACAGUUGGCUGUCGUUGGGUACUUUGAGACUGAGCUAGUAACGGUAAUAUGGAGUGGUGUUACAGCAUCUGUUGAGCCUCGGAUCAUCAAAAAUUGGUGCAUAACUUCAAGCCGUUGUACUCCAGAAGACAAUAUCUUCGCAGGCCCCGGCGACAGCGGUGCCUGGGUUCUCUCAGAGCCCCAAGUUUCCGGAGAACGGCAUGGCCCGGAGGUGCUUGUCAGUCAGAUUCCUGUACUUGGUGCAGUUUUACACGGAUUCGUGUCCGUGGAAGGUGUUGACUUGGUGAUGUUCCAACCCUGGGAAUUUAUGGCAGAGGGCUUUAGACAGCUUACAGGAGAAGAAUGUGUACCAUGUCUUCCGCUGUCAGACAACGUAGCUCUUUUUCGUGAGCUUCAGGGCACUGUCAAUGGCUGUGGGGUCUGCCUUCUAGAGGGCCAGGUUGACCAUUCCAUUGACCAAUGCCCGGAACGCUUUCAACCAGAAGGCUCUCGGGCCCUUUUCGUGAGAACGAACGGAGGCGUUAGAGUGCUAGACCAGGCCGAGGAUUCGAAUGACCAGUAUCGGCCACAUAAGUUGUCCAGGGUACCGUUCAGAACCCAGCAAGCCGCUCCACUGACAGCUCCUGCACAAGAAAAUACCCUGUCAUCACCCUUCACCAUGUCGCCAAUUCCGGCGCUAAUUGACAUCGACGCGCUAAGCAGCUAUUUCAUUCCAGUCAGCGACGACAACUUGGAAAUGUAG